GUAACGUCAUACAAGAUACACGCAAUAUUCAAUUUCACAAGACGAAUGGUUGCAAUGAGCCAGUAACACUACACGUGUAUCAAAACGAACUACUUAAUUCUCUGCCACACCCGGUGAGAAUUUAAGCUAUGGAGUCGCAUUCCAAAUUAAACCUUGCCAUUCCAUUUUAUGUACCUAACUUGAUUGGUUAUGUAAGACUAAUACUAAUCAUCACAGGUCACCUAUUUAAAGAUGAAUCUCCAUUCACAGCUGUACUAUUUUAUGCAAUUUUUGCUACACUUGAUGGGAUUGAUGGGUGGGUAGCAAGAAAACUGAAUCAGUGUUCUUCAUUUGGUGCUUGGCUAGAUGUAAUUGUUGAUAACAUUGGAAGAACUCUGAUUUGGUCAAAUUUUAAGUGGGGAGUAGUUGUAUCUAAUCUAGAAUGGGUAACUUAUGUUUGCAACCAUUGUCAUGGAGCUGGAUGGAGAGAACAACUAUGGAAAGAUUCUUUUGCCAAUGCUCCAAGCUAUGUCAAAAGAGUUAUGGCUGAAGGUUUCAAAACUCCUUAUGGGAUUCUUGCCAUUGGGGGACUACAUGUACUACCAAUUUGGAUGUUUGGCUGGCAGCACAAUGUUUUUGAAACACAUUUCUCAUUUCUUCCUACAUGGAUUAUUCUAUCAGGUUUCAUCAUUUUACUAUCUGGGAGGAUUCUAUGUGCCAUGGUGGAGCUAUGGUGUGUCAAAGUCCACAUACAAUGCCUUUUAAUGGAUGAAAAACCGAACCAUUCAAAGAAUUCAAACUAAAUUAGGGUUACCUAUACAACAACUACUAGUCAUAAUCAAUCUUACUAUUAGCAAUUCAAAUAAUUCUACACACAAACAAAAUUUAUUGGAACAAAAAUGUGCUUACAUUAUGCUGUAAGUUUACUGGGUCUGAUUGUAGUUGAAGUUCUUUUCCUACAAAACAAAUGAUGAGUUUAAAUAAAUAGUUUUCAGUUAA